AUGGCACAUGGCACAUGGCGCAAGACCGCUGUUAAGAGCAUGCUCUUGUCUCAGUCUUCUCGUUCCACGUCCGUUCAUCUCUCCCUCCUCCACUCCUCCUCCCCCCCCUUCUCUCUCCCUUCCCGGGAGCCCGUCCCCCCCUUUUCCUCCCCGCCGUCGCCCAGCGACGCGAUUUUGAGCGACCCAGGCUUUUUGUCGCGCGCGCUGCAGUCGCACGCGUGCGACGGGCCGCUGGUCGCGCAGCUGGCGGGCAACGACCCCGCGGAGAUGGUGCGCGCGGGCUGGGCGGUGCUGGCGCACAUGGCGCGCGCGGGGCGCGCGGGGCAAAUGGCGCAGGCUGGGCGGGUGGGGCGCACGGAGGAAGGCGCGCAGGAGGAGCGAGAGCGGGCGGGGGGAACACAGGAGGCGAAAGCGGCGAAGGCGAGUGGGGAAAACGGGAGGAUGGGGCGACGAGGGGAAUCGAACGAGACGGGAACUGAAGCUGGGGAAGCGGCAGAGGUAGAACGAAGGGAGGGAGGAGGAGGAGGAGGAGGAGGAGGAGGAGGAGGAGGAGGAGGAGGAGGAGGAGGAGGAGGAGGAGGAGGAGGAGGAGGAGGAGGAGGAGGAGCAGCGGGACGCGUAUGUGAAGGUGAAGGGGGUGAGAGGCUGGAUGAGUUGUGGGGGUUGGGGGAGGGGCGGGUACAGAGUGGGGAAGACGGAGCGGUCACGGAGGAGGAGGAGCAACAACGAUGCAGGCGUGGCGAUGCCUGCGAGCGGUACGGUGCAGCCAAGCGCUGUGGCAGUGAACGCAGGGAGGCCGAGGAGGGGGACGAAGCGGGAAACGAGAGAGAAGCGGGCGGCAGGGAGCAGUUGGAGAGUGGUGAGCGCAGCAGCCAUAUAAUGGCCAUUGUUCACCAUGCUCCUCCUAGAAGCGGGUGGGCCAGGGACCUGCCGCUGGUGUUUGCCAUGGUGCGAGCCAUGGCAUCGCUCCUGCCCAUCCCAAUCUUCUGCAAGAUCCGCCUCAUGCCCUCCCUGCCUCAGACCAUCGCCCUCUGUCGGGGCCUACAGGACGCCGGCUGCGCGCUCAUUGCACUGCACGCGCGCACGCCAGCUGGAACCGUGAAAAGGCGAGUGGGCCCUGCUGACCUGGCAGCCGUGCGAGCUGUCAAGCAGGCGCUGGCCAUCUCCGUGCUCAGCAACGGCAACAUCUCGUCACCUGCUGAUGUGGCAGCCAACCUGGCGUUCACUGGGGCAGACGGUGCCAUGUCAGCAGAGGGCUUGUUACACGACCCCAAGAUCUUCAGCGGGGGAAUCUCCUCUCAAGAGGAGCGCCUCUCAGUGGCUUUAGAGUACCUCUCCCUAUGCGAGCAGCUAGGCUCGGUGGAGUCAGGCUCGGUAACCUGGCCCGGCAUUCGUCUGCAUCUGGAGUACAUGCUCGGGCGGCGAGGGGCAGGUCGGUCGGUGUCCUUUGCUCACCAGGGUGCAUACCGCAGGGGUCUGCCUGAGUUCCUCACCACGCCUCUCCUCUCGCUCCCUGCCAAGCUGCGCAUGCUAGCAGAGCCGCUGCUGUGGAAGCGACUGCCGCCCGGGGCCAAUGCUGACGAGGAGAGUGUGCGGAGCUUUCUGGAGCGACAUGUGGGGCCGGAGCCCGUGGACUACAUAGUGGACCCCUUCUGUGCCGGCACCACAGGAUCCAACCCUGACGACCUCCUUAUGAAGCAUGCGUUCCACGAGGUGUGGGAGCUGGAGCAGCAGCACGGCUCUUUGCUGGUGGGAAUGGUCAAGACUCAGAUGGCCAAGGCCAAGGCCAGGAAGCAGCAGGCCAAGCAGCAGAGCAGCACGGCAGCAUCACCUGGAGCGUCCAAGGCCCUCGCUCCACGGCCCAAGGGCGUCUCAUUCUCCUUCCAAUCCGGCAUGCAGGAGCUGCCGCUCUCCCUCGCGGCUCAGAUCCCCGCCUCUGCUCUGCGCCUCUCCCACCGCGUGGACGCACUCUCCUGCGACCUGCACUCGCCCCCGCACCGCCCCUCCUGGUCCCUCGCUGUCACGCGCGUGGGGGACGGGGGCAGUGGCGGCAAGGGCAAGGGCGGGAAGAAGGAGGAAGGGUUGGAGAGAUUCGAUGCUGUUGUUGUCACGGCCCCUCUUUCCGCUCUCGCCAACAUGCCCUUCAAGCUGUCCGGGCAGCCGCAGAAACUUCCCAUCCAGCUGCCCGUGUACCAGUCCAUGGCCCUGCUGGUGAACGCGUUCCGCGAGGAGGAUGUUUCGUCUGCGCUGCCCGGCUUUGGCGUGCUCGUGCCGACCAAGGAAGCAGCAGCCCACCAGUUCAAAACGCUAGGCACGCUCUUCUCGUCCGCCAUGUUCCCCCAGCGUGCCCCCAAGGGCACGGUGCUGCUCACAUCCUUUGUGGGCGGCUCUCGCUUCAAGGGCCUGCGCUCUGCCUCCGUGGAGCAGCUGAACGCCAUGGCUCUAGCGGACCUGCAGCGCCUCCUCGGAGUCAAGGCCAAGCCCAUCUUUUCCUCGCACAUGGUGUGGCAGGACGCCUUUCCGGAGCUCACGCACGGCUACGGCAGUGUGUUGGGGAGCAUGCGCAAGAUAGAGGCCACCACGCCCUUCUUCUACUGGGCAGGCAACCACCGGGACGGCCUGGCAGUGGGCAAGGCUCUGGUGGGCGGGUACAGGGCAGCAGAGAGAGUGCUGGCUGACCUAGAGGCCACAGGCGGCAGGCACCUCUUCACCAUGGCACACCCGGAGCCCCCACUCGUGUCGUGA